AUGGGUAUUUUUACAAGGUAUUAUUAUUUCGGUAAACCUUUAAUUAUUUGUGCUACAACUGGUUUUUUAUGGACAACGUUCAAUAAAGAUAAUGAUGUUUACAAGGAGAAAAUUAAUUCUACGAUUACUCAAGCUGAUCUCAUAUGUCAAGCGUUUAAAGAAAAACAAGGCAUACCAGGUGUUAGUAUUGGUGUCACAGUUCAUGGUUCAAUGGUAUGGAGAAAAGGAUUUGGUUUAGCUGAUAUUGAACAACGUGUACCAUGUACACCUGAUACAAUUAUGCGUAUAGCAAGUAUCAGUAAAACAUUUACAAGUGCGAUUGCAGCACAAUUUGUUGAAAAAGGAAAAUUAACUUGGGAUGAUACAAUUGAUAAACAUCAUCCUGAUCUACCUAAAUUUCUAUAUGAAAAUGUGCCUGUUUCAAUUACUAUACGUCAAUUAGCUUCACAUACAAGUGGUAUUCGUCAUUAUUGGAAAAAAGGUGAACCGGAAACACAUGAUGAAUUUCUUCUUCCAGAAUAUUAUUUAACUCGUUCAUAUCCAACAGUAGCUGAAGCUCUUUCAAUUUUUCUCAAUGAUGAAUUACUAUAUCGACCUGGUACAUCAUGGUAUUAUACAACGCAUGGUUAUACACUAUUCAGUGCUGUAUUAGAAUGUGUUUCUGGUGAUAAACGAACAUUUGCUGAUCUUAUAAAAGAUCUUGUUAUUAAACAACUUGGUUUACGUCAUACAAAAUUAGAAUAUCCAGAUGAACUUGUAUUAAAUCGUAGUCGUUAUUAUUGUCGUCGUAAUCUCAAAGAAGGUUUACGUAAUGUUGCUUAUGUUGAUCUAUCAUAUAAAUGGGCUGGUGGUGGAAUGUUAUCAAAUGUAAAUGAUCUUCUUAGUUUUGCUAAUACACUUUUACAAUGUUAUCAAACAAAAUCAAUAGAUUCUCAGACAACAAAUCAAUUAUUAAAAUCAGAAACAAUUCGUGAAAUGUGGUCACCGGUAACAAUGACCACUACUAAAAAUACUUUUUAUGGUUUAGGAUGGAUGGUUGUAAAAGGAGUACCUUCUUCUAUAAAUGAAUUAACUAUACCACCUCAUAUAUAUCAUACAGGCGGUGCUGUGGGAGCUACAUCUGUUCUUCUGAUUAUUCCAUGUACAAAUAAUUGUUCAAAUCCUCGAUGUGGUAUAUGUAUAUCUAUACUAACAAAUCUUCAGAGUGCUGAAACUAUUUAUCAAACAGCAUUAGAUAUUGCUUUACUUUUUCGUCAAAUUUCACCAUGUUCUAAUCAAUAUAAACUGUGA